UGUCCCUUCUCCACUCCGGCACCCGGAACCUUGCGCGCGCGGAACCUCGGUGGCGGAACACGGGCGUCACGGACCUUGAAGGCGAUGGAGCAGGCGCGCGGGCCGGGGGCCGAGGCUGACGCCCCAGAGGAGGAGGGGGAGGCGCGGGCGGCCAUGGCGGCCGUGGUGUCUGCUGCGGGUGGAGCGUGCCCCGCAGUCCUGCAGGUGGCCGGCCUCUACCGGGGUCUGUGUGCAGUUCGCAGCCGCGCCCUGGGGUUGGGGCUUGUGUCACCAGCGCAGCUGCGCGUGUUCCCGGUACGCCGGGGCUCCGGCUUGCCCUCUGGGGGAGCAGACGGCAGCGGGGUCAGCGAGUUGGAAGCUAACCCCUUCUACGACCGCUACCGGGACAAGAUCCAGCAGCUGCGCAGGUCUGACCCAGCUGCCUUUGAGUCCCGCCUGGAGAAGCGCAGUGAGUUUCUAAAGCAACCAGUGGGGCACUCCAAACAAAGUGAAUUUAUCAGAUGUGUGGAGCAGAAGACAGAUGCCUCAGGGAAACAGCCUGUGAGCAAAGGAUUCACUAAGGACAAGACUCUCAGUUCAAUCUUUAACAUUGAGAUGGUGAAAGACAAAACUGCAGAGGAAAUAAAACAGAUUUGGCAGCAGUAUUUUUCAGCAAAAGACACGGUCUAUGCAGUUAUUCCUAAAGAGAAGUUUGAUUUGAUCUGGAACCGGGCUCAGUCCUGCCCAACAUUCCUUUGUGCACUACCAAGAAGAGAUGGUUAUGAGUUCUUUGUAGGACAGUGGACAGGUACUGAACUCCACUUCACUGCUCUUAUAAAUAUUCAGACCCGAGGGGAUACAGCAGCCAGCCAGCUGAUUUUAUAUCACUAUCCUGAACUUAAGGAAGAAAAGGGCAUAGUGCUGAUGACAGCUGAAAUGGAUUCCACAUUUCUGAAUGUUGCUGAGGCGCAGUGCAUCGCCAAUCAGGUUCAACUCUUCUAUGCCACUGAUCGGAAGGAGAUCUUUGGGCUAGUAGAAACCUUUAACUUCAGACCAAAUGAGUUCAAAUAUAUGUCUGUCAUCGCUGAAUUGGAGCAAAGUGGACUUGGAGCAGAACUGAAGUGUGCCCAGAACCAGGACAAGACUUAGAGAUAUCUGGAUUGACCCUUGGCAGAGUUGACCCAGUCCUGGAGAGCCUGAAGUCCACCCAAACCCUUGACCCCCAGAGUUCAACCCAACACGCAGUCUGUAAAGAGUUACCAUGUAUGCUACUACAAGAAGUGAUUAUGGGCAUGAGCCCUAGUACUUGAUAUUCAGGACGAAGGUAUACAAAUACCUUGGUAGUUACCUCUCACUCUAACAGUUCCUUUUGUGUGUUUCUGGGCAUUUAAACAAGAAAUAUUCAGGGAUCUGCAAGACUAUUGACUGGGUUUUAUUCAGUGUAACAGUGAAGUUGCAUUCUGGCCAUUUUGACUUCAUAGCUCCCAGUUCUUUGUCUUUCUAAACCUGUAGCAAUAAGCUUGAGGAUCUUAGGAGAUGUCGGCUUUAUGCAUUCUUUCCAUGCACCAGUGAACUGGCUAAAAACAACCCAAGAAUCCUGGCCAGAUUCAACACAACUUGCUAUUCUCCUCAAAAUAAAGACUUCUGGCUGCCCCUCCAGAGUUGCCUUCCGUGUAACUCAGCGAUUGCAGGUACAAGUGCCUGCAAUAAUAAACAAAUACAAUGCCUGCACACUGUUAAACUGUCGCUUUUGGCCCUACUCCCUGAACUCUGCCUGUGAGAAGCUAAUGAAUCAGCUCAGUGUAAAUAAAACCUUUUUA